GGGGCUGUAAUGAUUGGAUGAUGAGCUGAAGAUUGUAAAAGGAGAACUGGACUUCUGGUGAAGGGCUCAUACUGUGACACCAGCUCUGGACUACGACAUGAAGUGGACAGUACUGAUGUCCCUCUUUGUCCUGCACAGUGCCCUUGGUGGUCUUGACAUGAUCACCUAUAAUGAGACAGCGGAGCAGCUAAUCACCAGAAACAAAGCAGCAAAUGUGACAAAGCAAAGCCUUUUCUCUAAAAGCAUGCGUCCAGAGGGACCUCAGGCCAAUGCUACAGCCGUCGCAACUGAAGCUCAAGUGGAAAAAAGCAAGGCUCUACCCAGGAUUUUGUAUGUAACGAACCGCACCGCUGACUUUAUGAAGCGCAGCCGGACUCUGGAGAGCAGGAUUGCCCCUUCUGGAUUUCUUGUCUCCUCACAGGGAAACAAACAUCAAGGUGGACUUAGACAGACCCAUGACAGAAGAAGUGCUGCUAAACCCAGUUUUGAAACCUCAAGGGGCAAAAACUGGUGUGCUUACGUACACACUCGCCUCUUUCCGACAGCGGUGAUUGAUUCUGUGGCAUCCUACCUGCCCAUUCGAACUGAUCCGUGUUACUGGAGCAAAGAUGGCUGCGCAGAGAGGUACCAGGCGAUAAGUCGGCCCACCUACCGUAUAAAACACAAGAUUGUGACAUCCCUGGAGUGGAAGUGUUGCCCUGGGUACCUGGGCCCUGAUUGCGAGCCCAGUACAGCGAAGACAAGUCAACUCUUCCAGGCAGAUGAAGCAGAAGGCCGGACGCUGGGUGGUUCCGCGAAGCAAUCGGCUCCAGCUGGAAGGCAGCAGGUCACUGCGCCUUCAGUAAUAAACCAGGAAAUGGCUGAUUUCAAAGAGCAAACAGAAAAAAUCCUCACACUCCAGAAGCAAAUGACAAAUGUGAUGGAGAACAUGGAUAGCAUGAGGAUGUCUGUUUCUUCUUUACAAGGAAGACUGGGGAUAAAGGAGAGCGAUUACGUACAGUCCACUGUUAAUGCGGUAAAAUCCGAAGCAGUCCAAGAAAUUAUCAGGGACAUUGUCCAGGAACAGAUAAAGCAGUCACAGAAUACAAUGAAGGAAACCAUCUCUGGCAUUUUCAAAACUAUGUCUGCACUUUCGGUGGACCUGGAAGCCACCAAAGAAAGUCUACAGCAAAUAAACGGGACAGUUGCCCAGUUACUAUCAUCCCAUAAAACACUGAAGAAAAACAACAAACAAAUGCAAAAUGACAUCCAAAGUCUUAAAAAUGAAAUAUCUUCUGUACAAGAAAAUGCUGUCUUUCAUGCAAAUAAAACAACACAACUGUUCCAUAAAUAUAGUUCCCUUGAGCGCAAACUAGACCUUGAACAGCAAAAGGCAAUACAACUCUUCAAGAGCAUAAAUCACAGCCUUUCUCAAGUAAAGGGUAUAGAAAGUGAUAACCUUGAAGGAGUUUUACCAAAUAGGUCAGUAGUCCCUGAAGAACAUGAGACCAUUAUGUUAAGUAGGCACAUGUCCAGUCUAGGUGAUACUGUCCGGAGCCAAGCCCUGACUAUCAUGGAGCUACAGCAGAAACUCCACACUCAGGAUAUGAGGAUUGGCAACCUUUCAUCCGUGGUGGGACGACAGAGACGACUGGCUGACACCACCUUUCAAACACUGGCUGCACAAUGCAGAAAAGAAGUCCUAACUGAGCUAGAGCAGAUUCAGGGCCACAUAGACAAGAUUAAUCAGACUCUGUGUGACAGGGCCGGUCCCAUGGAGCUCACAAUGAAUGCUGUUGAAGAAAGGAUCAGUCACAUGUCCUAUGACCUUGAGGAGCUCAAGCCUCUUGUUAACGGACAACCUUUCUCAGAUGUUACUGGGAAUAAUACAAAAGAGAUCUCAUCCAUCAAAUCUCGAGUGGAAGACUUGGCUGUUGCUAUCAAGGUCUUGAACAGGAGUGUUACAAAUGUGGAGAAGAUCCAAGACAAGCUGACAAAUCAGACCCAGGAGAAAGAAGAAAAAUUAGAAGAGAGAUUUGCAGGAUGUCAAGAUGGAAUUGAAGAUGCCCUCAAUGACACCAUGACUGUCAUCAACAAGGCCAUUGACUCUGUUAAAGAUGAUUACUACAUUCUACGGACUAACUUUGAAUACACGAAUGAGAAAGUAAGAAAGAUCUCAGAUGAUUUUGGUGAAAAACUGAAAAGUUUAACAAAUUUGAAACUUGAGAUUGAUUUUCUGAAUUCCACCAUCCUUUCCUUGCAAAGCACAAUGGAGGCAUCUGGUGUUGUUUCAAAUGUGUCUGAUAUGCAUUUUUUUACAGUCCCCAUGGAUCAUGAAAGCAAACCACAAAAUUUCACUCAUCUUUCCCAGAAACUGGAAGAUGCACUUACUCAGCUUGAAUAUCACCAAAGAGCUAUUAGUCGUUUGCAACAGGCUAAUUCUUCCAGUGACUGGGGGCAACACAGACUACGUCUGGGGAACCUUGAAGACAGGCUGAAUGUCCCAAAUGCCAACACGACCUCAGCUUUGAGAUCAAAGAAAACCAAACCAUUAAUGGAAACUGGCCUUGCCUGGAAAUACAAGGAUCUAGACAAACGACUGCAGCAGCUUGCCACCCAGACCUUCAAUCUGACGCGGGAGGUUUUGUGGCAAAGAGGAAGCGCCUCACAUGCACAGCAGACCUGCCAAAAUGUGUCUGCUUCCUUGGACCAAAUGAAAGCUAGUAUUUUCCAAAUUUUCCAAGAACCCAUCAACCUCACCCUUUUCCACCAGGACCUGGAUCAAAUCUUGGAACCAGAAAGUCAGGCUCUAAAUAAAUCUUCCCUCCCAUCCAGUCCCUCUGAUUAUUUAAUUUCCAUAUUGAAUCACUUACUCAAGGAUGUCUUCCGGCUUCAGAAGCAUGCCCUGAAUCUGGAUAAAACAUUGGAUAGCAUGUUUUCACAGAAUUCCACUCCUGUGGCAGGAAGGAGUCAGAGAAACACAGAUUCUAUUAUCAACCAAGUGGACCCCACGAGCUGCAGUAGUGGUCGCUGCCAGAAUGGAGGCACGUGCAUUGAUUUGCGCCCCGGCUACGUGUGCGCCUGCCGCUUCCCGUUCAGUGGGACUGACUGCACUGUGAGGCUGGUGAAUGCUGAAGCAUCAGCCCCUGAUUUCCUUCAGGGUUCCUACCGCUACGCCCCCAUGGUCACCUUUUUUGUGGCACACACUUUCGCCAUGAGUGCCCCGGGUGUGAUUCGGUUCAACCACCUGUAUGUGAACUACGGUGCAUCAUAUUCUCCCGGCAGUGGGAAAUUUGGUGUGCCCUACUUGGGGGUGUAUGUGUUUAAGUACACGGUGGAAACCAGCAGCCCUGAUCUCUCUGGGUACCUGGUCGUGGAUGAGGAGGACAAGCUGUCCUUCCGGGCUCAAGAUUCCAACAGUCGCCGUGCUAGCACCAGGGUCAUCACUGGAGAUGCGGUUCUGGAAUUAAACUUUGGACAGAGGGUGUGGUUAAGACUGGAGACAGGGGAUAUCCUCGGUAGGUAUCCACCAGUAACUACUUUCGGUGGUUAUCUGCUUUACCGCACUUAAUGCGGUCCACAGCCCAGAGAAUAUGCUGUUGCUCGCUGUCUGUCAAGCAUGUUCUUAUUCGGUUUCAUUUCAGCAGAAUUUGCAAAAAUACUCAGUAAAAACAACACAGAAUAGCACAGUGUUGUAAAAAAGCAGCUGCCUAAUUUCUAGUUUUUUGUGGCUUUUGGACAUACUUUUAUCAGUUGCGGUAGUACAUAUGAAUAAGGAUGGAGCCUGAGACAGAAAAAUAUUGUCAGUAUUGUUUUCAUGUAAUUUUCUUUAUUUGGAAGAUAAUGAAAUAUGCAAUCAUAGGUGUGAAACAUUUAUUGGACACAAAACUUUAGUCAACCCAAUUAAUGUGAAUAAAAUCUGACCCGAAUGAGGAUUGUUCAAUAUCAUUUUCAACUACUUAAACCCUCACCAGCAAAGUCAAGUUAUCAGAAUUCAGUUUCAUAGGCUCAUCAUGCUAUGCUCAAAAGCACAUUUGUGAAGACCUCCAGAGAGAAGUUGCUGAAGCCUAUCAGUCUGGACAGGACAAAACAGCCAUUUCUAAGGCUCAAAAACUGAAUUCAAACCACAUUCAGAGCUGCAUUCAUCAAAUGGAGAAAGUUUGGAACAGUGGUACAUGUACCUAGGGUGGCUGUCCUGCCCAAAUCUUUUCACGAGCAAGGCAUAAAAUCAUUAAUGAGCUCAAAAAGAGAACCCCAGCAUUCUGGGAAUUGCAGGUCACCCGUGCAUCAACUUAAGUCAGCAUUUGUGAAGAAAGGCACCGUACAAAAUUGAAACAUACGAGGCUGGGAAGGUAGAAGCCACUGCUCACUAAAAAGUCCAUGAAAGCCUGUCUACUGUUCACCAAAAAGCAGCUGAAUGUCUCUCGUUACAUUCUAGAAGGAUGUUUUGUGAACUGAUCAAUCAAAAGUAGAAAUUUUGGGAUGAUAUGAGUGCCAUUACAUCUGGAAAAAACCAAAUACGAUAUUUUAGACUAACGACCUACCAAUAGUCCAGCAUGGAGGUGGAUGUUUGGUGGCAGUAUGAUGGUCUGGGGGUUUUUUACUGCUGCUGUACCUGGACCCAUUACUAUCAAUAUAGGAACAUUGAAUAAAUCUUUGUGAGUGAAAAUGUUAAAGGAGAAUGUCUAGCUGUCAGUCCACGAGAUCGAGUUUAAUUUCCUGUACUGUGAUGAGAGAACCUGGCCUACAGAUAUAGAAGGGAAAUUAUAGUUGCAGUUGUAGCAGCUAAAUAUGAAAACCAGUCACUGACAGUGAAUAUGCAGUUACCUGUUUACACCUAUAAAUGCACAUUGCAUCAUAUUCCACACUAAGGAAAUGGCAUAAAAACAGUACUGCUACAAAUUUUUCCAUUUCAGCCUUCAUUAUAUCAUCAUAAACCUCUACUGUAAUAGCAAACAAAAAGAUCUGAUCAAUUUUAAGAUUAAAAAGCUGCAAAAACAGAUAAUUUGAAAGAGGGUAAAUACUUUUCCAUAGCACUGCACAACAGCAAAUGUUUUAUGUAGUAACGCAAUCUAUUAACCUGUGGGAGACUGGAUAAAUUGCUUUUUUGUGGUGAACAGCAAAAUUUCGAGAUUGUCUGAGUCAUUGCACCCAGUGCUGAAGGUCAUUCAGCUGUGUAAAUAUGCUUUCAAUAUUCCAGCAAGUGUAAUGAAUCUCCUGUUGAUUCUCAGUGUCUUCCCUUAUUUCUAUCUAUUUUGCAAACACAGUUUUUUAAAACUAUAGUUUUAUUGCUAUAUUUUAAUGUGCCAUAGCAGAACAAUAGCAUAAUGUGGGAAUAUAAAGACUAGCCUGUGCAAGAUGCUGCCUGUGUAUGUUUUUCCCACACAGCCUCUGCAAUAUGCUGC